AAUUUACUUUUAAUCUUUAACUUUUAUAUUUUUAAGCAAGUCAGUCAUUUCAAUUACCAAAAUUCCUAUUUACUUUUUUGACAAAACUAUUUCUUUAUUAUUAUGAGUAUUGUUCCUAUUACAAUAUAAAUAUUGUUAAUUAUGAAUAUGAAUAAAUCAACUAGUUCGCCUAAAAAAAAAUCAAGUUUACUACGUUUGUUACAUUUAAAAAAAAAAAAAACACUCCCUAAUGAAGUCGAAUUGUCUAAUAAGCAGCAUUUGUUUGUAAGUGGAUCUCAUCGAAAUUUAUUAAAUCCUCAUGAUAGAAAUACUAAUGUGCCAUUGAGUUGUGCCAUUACUGAAACAUCAAAAACAUCUGAUUUGCAAAAUUUGAACCAACCAGAUUUAUGUUCGUCGGUAGAACAAAAUUCUUCACAUAGACGGUCUUUAAGCCUAAGCUUGCAACCAUCUAAUAAACCUAAUGCCGUAAGGUCUGAAACAGUUGAUAUAGAUUCAAAUGAACCCACAACGCCUACUUCAGAUAAAUGUACAAAACUACGAGAAUUGUUUGGUAGUACAAAACAUAUAUCUGCAGAUAGCAUUAUUAUACCCAAAAUGACUAACAAUGAUACUAAAUUAAUUCCAAUUCGACCAGCAUCUAUGACUACUUUAGCAUCGUCUGAUUACUUUCGACAAAAUGACAUUAAGAACAAUUCAAUGGAUAAACUUGCGAGGCAAGCUCUUUUUGCAGUUCAAGUAUUACAUCUUAUCCCUACUUCUGAUGUUAGAGAACGCAACUACCUACACGGAAGAAUUGCUGGGAAUUCUUUAUUAGGAGCCAUGGAAUUGGAACGUGUAUUACAUAAUAGAGAAGUACGUGUAUAUGUAGGUACUUGGAACAUGAAUGGGCAGGCUCCACCACUAGAGCUAAAUGAACUUCUCUUGCCCAACACAGUACCCCAUCUUCCAGAUAUACUUGCUAUUGGAACACAAGAAAGUUACCAUGAUAAAUUUGAAUGGGAAGUAAGCAUUCAAGAAACAAUUGGUCCUUCGCAUAUUCUUUUCCAUUCUGCUUCUUUGGGUACAUUACAUUUAGCUAUAUAUAUUCGACGAGAUUUACUAUGGUUUUGUUCGGUACCAGAAGAAUCUAGUUUUAGUACUCGUCCUGGAACAGCAUUCAGAACAAAAGGAGCUGUUGCAAUUUCAUUUUCUUUAUUUGGAUCAUCAAUGCUAUUUAUAACAUCACAUUUAACUGCUCACGUAGAAAAAGUCAAAGAGCGUUUACAGGACAUACGUAGAAUAGUUAAAUCUCUUGACCUUCCCAAGUUAUUGCCUAUCAAAAAUAAAACUAAAGAUGUUACUAACAACUUUGAAUAUGUAUUUUGGAGUGGAGAUUUAAACUUUCGUCUUGCUCACCCACGACAUGAUGUUAUAAAAUGGGUUACCCAACAUAGAUACCCAUUAGAUUCUCCAAUACAUCAAUCGCUUUCUGACCAACUUACUGAUUGUAUAAAAAGUGGUUUAAUAUUUCGUGGAUUUCAAGAAGGUCCAUUGACAUUUGCGCCUACGUACAAGUAUGAUCCCGGUACUGAAAUAUUUGAUACAUCUGCCAAACAACGAACUCCUUCGUAUACAGAUAGAAUACUUUAUAAAUGUGGAAAACAACAGAUUUUGCCUAGUACUACAGGAUCUCAAUACAUGACAUCAAGUAUUGAAUGUUUGACUUAUUGUUCAGUACCAUCAGUUUGUUCAUCUGAUCAUAAACCCGUUUGGGGCUUAUACAAAUGUACAAUAAGACCAGGCAUUGACACUAUGCCAUUAGCUGCGGGACUUUUCAAUCGUGAAGUAUACUUAGAAGCAAUAAAAAGAAGAGCAGUUAGUAUGGAUAAACGAGUGGGUACGUCCACUGUAUGUAGUUUGCAAUAAUAGUUCAAUUUUUUAACAAAAUAGCUUAACAGUAACAAAGUAUAUAUAUAUUGUAAUGUGGCAUAAUUAGAAAUUUUAUCAGGAAUGAAAAAAAUUCAACCCGUACAGAUCUUAGGUGGUGAAGAUUAUUGCUGUCUAUGUACAUUACUUUUUUUGUUAAAAUUACUCUUUAAAUAUUACCCCAAUUAUCCACAAAUUCUUUUGGUUUGCAAUUAUAUUUUUAGAUGUUUUUUCUGGCAUUGUGUAAUUUAACAAUGUAUUUAUUUAUUUUUACAAUGUGUACUACUAAUAUCCAUUAAGAGAAAUGUGUUCGGACGUUACUCCUAGUAUAGCAUGUAUAAGUGAGAAAAAUGAUGUCGUUGCAAUAGACGUCUUGUAGUCUCGAAAUUUUAGUAAUGUCUGUAAUCUAUCCUCCAAAUCUUCUCCUUUUGUAAAUAUGCUACUAAACAUGUAAUAUUAUUAUUUAAACUUAAUCGGGAUCAAAAUAAUCUAAACAAUAAUAUC